UGGCGAACAGCUGCAACUUGCGCAUGGUGGCUGGUUGCCGUUUUGUUUGAUCCCAUUGUCGCAGGCUACAAACACUACAACAGGUGCUGUGAGAAGUACAAGUGCGGACGCGCAUGUGUUUUGAAGGUGCACGCGGAUACGGAAAGCGCAACAGUGAACUGACCUUGAGACCCUGGACGUCGACCCGCAGCGUAGGACUUGUAGUGCUCCUCACCCAAGAGGAGUGGUGCCCCCCAUCCUACAAUGACGGAAUAUAAACUGGUGGUAGUCGGCGCUGGAGGUGUUGGGAAGAGUGCCUUGACCAUCCAAUUAAUACAGAACCACUUCGUGGAUGAAUAUGAUCCAACCAUCGAGGACUCCUAUCGCAAGCAAGUCGUCAUCGACGGCGAAACGUGUUUGCUCGACAUACUUGACACCGCAGGUCAAGAAGAAUAUAGUGCAAUGCGCGACCAGUACAUGAGAACUGGGGAAGGUUUCCUCCUUGUGUUCGCAGUGAACAACAGCAAGUCAUUCGAAGACAUCAGUAUGUACAGAGAACAGAUAAAGAGAGUGAAAGAUGCAGACGACGUUCCCAUGGUUUUGGUGGGCAACAAGUGCGACCUGCCAACGAGAGCGGUGGACAUGAAGCAGGCCGGCGAAGUGGCACGCAACUACGGCAUUCCCUUCAUCGAGACCAGUGCCAAAACUCGCAUGGGGGUCGACGACGCCUUCUACACCCUCGUCCGAGAGAUACGCAAGGAUCGGGAGUGGAAGGGCAAGGACAAGAAGCGACACCGCAAAGAGGGAGGCAGGAAGAAACGUUGCUUCAUCUUAUAGAUCUUGAAGAUUCAUAGCUAGUGCUGGUGUGCUCAGUUAAACUAAAAAAAAAGAAAUACGACAAAACAAAAUGGACGGCAAGCAACAAUGGGGGCGAAGAACAACGCUGUAAAUGUGUCGGACACCAGGACUCCCUCGGACUGCUGGUGAAAAGUGUCGCAGAACCUCGGACCGCUCAUUCCUUUUUCUGGACUCGUGCCUGGAACAGAAUCCUACGGAUUUACCUUCCUCUCUUUCAUCUCUUUCUCUCUGUCCCGUCUCUGCCGCUGCCACCCGCAGCUCUCCGCCGUCCCUCGGUGCGGAAAAAACGAACGACAUCGCCGUCUGCGACUGCAUUGUACCAGCUUGGUGUUGCUCCCUUUCUUAUCUUUAGCUUUAUCUUAUCUUAUCUUUCCGUGUCUCCCACCUGUGUUGCUUGAGUUGCAUUUUGUUUCCCAACCCGUCCCUCCCUCCCUCCCCUUCUCUCAACGCUGCACAAAUCUUUCACUACAUUAGAGCAUCAACCCUCUGAAGCCAGAGAUCUUGCUACGAGGGUUGGUUUGUGUAGAUCCUUCCCCCAUUUCUUUUUGUUAUUGGUGGAGGUGUUAACGAAUGCUGAUUUGGGACUGCGUUCUCCGCGGCAUCAACGGAAGUUGCAUCAUUGCGAGUGUGUACUCCCCCCCCCUAAAAAAAAGUUGUGAAGCAGCAAUCAUCCGCGCGAUGCGAUACACGUGCCAUACUUAAGCAUUCCUGCAUGAAUGGGGGAAACCCCACCCGAGUUCAUCCUGGUAUUGCGGAGGAAUUUUAGGAAAGACAGAGGGGAAGCUCAUUUUGUUUCGGCCCAUCUUUGCAGACGCCGUACACUCAUUGCAUCAUCAAAGUAAUUAAUUAUUAAUUAAUUAAUCUGUUUUACAGAUAAGCUAAAAAACAUUGCGCAGGAAGCCAUCUUUGCCCCCCCCUUUCGGACCGCGUCGCACGUCGGUUAUCUUUUGGUUGUGUUCUUGUGACCGCGGCGGAGGCGUCGGGAACUCACCGCCCUCGCCCGUCCGAUAGAUUGUUUAUCUUUUUUGUUGCCGUUUUCACAGUUUCUCGCCGUCGUAGUGAUGGACGUUGGUGGCGAGGUAGCACUUUUUUUUUUUCUUUACUCGUCAUUUUGAGGCUGCGGUAGGAUUCAUGCCGAUGUGCUUCGAAGUAUUUGCAAUCUGAUUUUUUUAGGAAAGGGAAACACUUCCUACGAUUUCUACAUUUUCUGGCUCCGGUCGAGCAGGGACCGUCUACUUAUGCACAACAUGCCGAGAGACUGAAUCGUUUGUGGGCUCCGCACCGUGGCCGUUUAUCUACGUGGGGGUGAUUGUUUUUUUUUUUUUUUAUUCAAGUUGAUACUUUAUUAUAACGUUUGCCCUUCGUCUGUGCUUGUCCAGUGUUGUCCUUCUGUGGCGUCGGGCGUCGGUAGAUUUCUACCACGGCCACAUGCCUUCCCGGGCAUAUCUCGGCACAUACGGCCAGUUGCCGCUGUUCGAUUUUAAGCUGCUUUAACAUUUCUUUUAAACAUUUUCGAUUAACUUUCAAUUAAUUUUUUAACAUUUUCAAUUAACACUGGGGGGGGUUUCAUGGAAAUGCUUCGAUGUCGGCGUUUGGCUCGAUAGCGAGUCAUUGCCCUCCAGCUCACAGGCACAUAUUUUUUCUGUGGGCAUUGUGCGAGGCUCAAAAGAUUUCACCCAUGUUUGUGCGCUGGGAACAUGUCCCGCUAGUAGAUUAGUCUUGAACGACUAGGACAGUCCACUGGUCGGACACCAGGUGUUGUGACAACUAAAUUUGCUACGGCUCCACGUGCGUACAGGCACGUGCUUUUCGACUGCAGUGAAUUUAGUGGAGAUGUUUCCACGAAAGAACGCUUUAUUUUUACGGUAACAACAAUCACGAUAUAAUGCAUGUAGAGUACGAAAACGAUUCCCAUCAAUAUCACCGAAAAACAGUUAUGAAGGCGACUGGCAAUAUGACAUCGGUGGCUGGACUGGCAAAACACGUUCUAGUUUCACAGCACGGAUGUGAUUCGUAUUCUGCAGUCUGUGGGUGGAGCCAGUAGGGCAGCGACAACGGGCCGUCCCGAUGUGCCCCGCGUGUGGCCGUGCCUCCGAGACUACUGCCAUUCCUCAUUUUGUGUGUCCAGCUGUUUAAUCUCCCUGUUUUGCCCUUCUCUCGCAAUAUGCAAUCUCACUUCUACAACCCUUCUCCCCCGUCCCAUUCAUUAUCCGUUUUUGGUAGAUUUUUUUGAAUUUUUUUUUUUUGUCGUUGGUUUAUUACUGUUGUUGACAUCCCAGCAUCAUGGAGAAGAAAUGGCGAAGAAGCUCCGCACUGAACGUUUCCCUCGUCUCUUCCUUCUCCGCGAACGUUUUCGAAUCGUGGGGGAGAGAGAGAGGAAAAAAAAACAAAAAAACGAAAUAAUUGUUUUGAGUGUUUUUGGAUAUCGCAUAAUUUUUCCUAAUAAAAAAAAAAGGAAUCAAA